AUGCCCAUCGAUAAACCCUCCUACGACAUUGUGAUCGUCGGCGCCGGCUUUUCAGGCAUCAACCUCCUCUACAGCCUUCGCAAACUAGAUUAUCGCCGUCGGAUCAACAAGUCGGGGACCGACCUCGGCAGGGUGUGGCACUGGCACACCUACCCGGGCUGUCGGAUUGAUACACUGGGCUUCAUCUACCAGCUAUCCAUCCCGGAGGUCUCGGAGACAUGGUCCUCCAAGGAGAAGUAUCCCUCUGCGAACAAGCUAAGGGCGUAUUUUGCCCAUGUGGAUCCAGGUGCUUGGGAUCAAGCAGGACAUAGACUUCGAGAUGACCGUGACUGGGGCCUGGCAUCCAGCGGGUUUCUGGAUCAGCCGAGUCCGCACGCAACCUUCGAGGUCACGGCGGAGAAACGCGAAGCGCUUUUUGAGGAGGUUUACGACCGAGGCGUCUUUGCCUUCCUGCUAAGCCGGUAUAAUGUCCUGCUGAGAGAUCUCCUGGCCCCUCUGGAGCCGCCACACCCGAUCGGAGCCAACCGGUCGUGCUUCGAGCAAGAUUAUUUCGAGAUGUUCAAGAGCCCAAAUGUGGAAUUGGUGAACCUGCGCGAGGCUGGUCGCGUCACUGCAGCCAUCAAGUCCAAUGGGAUCAAGACCCAGGACGGCGGAUUUUAUCCUGUAGACGCAAUUGCUCUUGCGACGGGCUUCAACAGUUUCACUGGUAGCCUAACUCGCAUAUCCAGGCUCCGCAACACUUCCGGUACUACGCUCGCAGAUGAGGGGAGCAGAGGAAUAGAUCCUCGGGUCUAG